GCAGCAGCAGCAGCAGCAGCAGCAGCAGCGGCUCCAAGCAUCGCCGUCUCUGCAAAGCAGCUCUGCAGAGCAUCAUCGGGCGCUUUGCUGACCCAGCUGGCCAAGCUGACCGCCUAUCCUCCCAUCUUGUCGAGAGCAGCAAUGCAGUCCACGCCCAGCCCUGCCACAUCCGUCGCAGUCUAUUGCCAGUGCGGCCACCGAGCGAUUCGCAGCAUCUGCCAGUCCAAUGCGCGGGGCAACGCCGGACGGGCCUAUCUGAUAUGUCCCGGCAUCGGCGGAAAGAAAUGCCGGUUCUUUGCCUGGGAUGAUGCUGCUCCGUCUUCCAACUUCCGACCAAAGGUCGCCCCUGGGCAGCCCAGAUCGGCACACAUACCAGCGGCGCCAACGACGGCAAAGGACCAAGUCGGUCGGCAGCACUCUGGUGCGGCACCAUUGUCGUCAUUCUUCAAUAACACACCAUCAAAACAAGGCUCCACAGCAGCUCUGCAGCUUGGUUCCAACCCGCAACAGCAGCAGCAGCAACAACCACAGCAGCUGCAGCAGAAGAUCGAGGUCCGGUUCUACUAUCAUUCGUCAACCCACUUUGCUGCAAAGUUCAAGAUCUUUGAUCCGAUUGUGGAUGUCUUCCGCACCAUACCCAUGGCGUAUUGGAGCCCGCUGGACUUUGCAUGGCUCUAUCCUGCUUCGAGCCACGCCCAAUUGUGCCAGCAACUGAAAGCGCUGGAGCAAUCCGGCGUCCUCACUCUGAGCGACAUCCCACCUUUUGUCACCAAAUCGAUGAACAUGGCGCCGCCGCCUGGCUCGAUAUCGCUGGAGGAUGCCGCCUAUCUGGUCGAGUCCGUACUGCCAGCGUCCCUCUGGCAGCGACUGAUGCCGUUCCAGAGACAGGGUGUCAUCAAGGCCGUUUCCAAGGGCGGGCGGAUCUUGCUCGGAGACGAGAUGGGUCUUGGAAAAACCAUCCAGGCCAUCAGUAUCUGCUCGUACUAUCGCAGCGAGUGGCCAGUUCUCAUCAUCUGCCCGAGCUCUCUGCGCCACACAUGGUCGGCUGAAAUCACCAAGUGGCUCUCGGUCCCGCAUGACGACAUCCAGGUUGUUCUUGGCUCCAAGGCUGGCAUUCAGGACGACGCCAAAUUCGUUGUGAUUUCAUACGAUCUCGUGCCAAAGCAUGGAGCCGCCCUGCGCGAUAAGCGGUUCCAAGUCGUCGUGGCGGACGAAUCGCACUACCUCAAGAGCCGCGAGGCACAACGAACAAAGGCAAUCCUUCCUCUGAUCAAGCAGGCCAAGCGGGGAAUCCUCCUGUCAGGGACGCCGGCUCUCAGUCGCCCGAUAGAGCUCUACACCCAGCUCAGCGCCCUUAUCAAAGAGUCCUUGGGCAGCUAUAUUCAGUUCGGCAACCGCUACUGCAACGGAAAGCAGAACCGAUUCGGCUGGGAUUUUUCAGGAAGCUCGAAUCUGAAUGAACUCAACCUCCUCCUCGAAAGGACUGUGCUCAUCCGCCGUCUCAAAAACGACGUGAUGAAGGAGCUGCCGACCAAGACACGCCAGUGCAUUUUGGUUGACGUCAACCAGCAGUCCAAGAAAACCUUGCGAAAGCUGCAGGACGAAUGCGGCCAGCUCCAGAGCCAGACCGACAUGGCUGCAACAGGCAGCAAGAAAAAAUGGAUAGAUCAGAAACGAUCAACCUUUCUGCAACUUUAUGCCCAGACAGGCAUAUCCAAGCUCCCAGCUGUCUCCGAGUACAUCCAGGAGCUGUACGAGAAUACUUCCAAGAAAUUCUUGGUGUUUGGACAUCACCGACCAGUGCUCGACUCGAUCGCUGAGCUUCUCGAUCGACUGCAGGCAAACUAUAUCCGUAUCGACGGACAGACACCGCAAGGGAGGCGACAGAAGCUCUGCGACGAAUUCCAACAAGAUGCCAACUGCCGGGUGGGGCUUUUGGGAAUCACGGCGGCAGGUGUCGGUCUGACGCUCCAUGCGGCCGACCUCGUGGUGUUUGCCGAGCUCUGCUGGAACCCUGCCCAGCUGCUCCAGGGUGAAGAUAGAGCCCAUCGUAUUGGCCGAGCAGGAUGCGUCGAUGUCAAGUAUAUCAUCGGAAAGGGGACGCUUGACGACAUCCAGUGGCCAAUGAUCGAAAAGAAACUCGACGUUGUCAGCCGAGGACUGGACGGCAUCAAGGGCAAAAACAUGGAUGCGAUGACUACAACCGGCAAGACCAAGCGUCCACUCUCGGACAGCCAAGAUGACCUGACGGGCGCUGAUGCAACUGCCGCCAUUGACGAUAUCGACGACGUUGACGAUAUCGACGACGAUGCAAUCGAGGAGAUUCUAACGCACUCGCAACCAAAAGCGCCGCCGGCAACUCUCAAGCGAGAACAAUCGGUCGACUGGGUGGCGGAUUUCUCCCUGAAGAAGAAACCCAAGCUGAUGCAAGCUCGCUUUGGCUCCGAUCUGACUGUGGCGCUGAGAGCGAGCAGGCCGGACGGGUUGGCAGCGCCGCGAGCUGCUGUCGGUGCAUCCGACUCGGCAAAUACCCCCGAUACUCCAUCUUCUGGCGCUAGAGCGGUGGUCGAACCGAGAUCGGACGAGGCGCUGACAAAGAGCCACGAGGCUCAGACUCGGGAUGGUCAAGGGAGCCAGGGUGCUCCUCUUGGAGUGCCUUCGCUUGCUGGCUUGCGGGUGGCAUCGAGUCUGCAUGAAGAGGCUCCCGGCACCACAGGCGGCUCCAGCCAACCCGCAGAUGCCAGUGGAUAUGACUGGCUCAUCGACGACGACUCCAUCGACGACGAUGCCCUGAACCGCGCAAUGGACGAUGUCGAGCUGUUCCUGAGCCAGGGCAACGAACGAACACGACAUGGCCACGAUUGAGCCAGACUGGGGAGAAAGCGCGAGAGAACGAGAGCGAGCGAGAGCGAGAGGGAGAGCGAGAGCGAGACGUUGUCAUUGAUCCCAGCCGACCGCGAGGCCGGUGCUGCGAUUCGCUCUCUGGCGGAAUCGCAUCUCGUUGCCCGACGUAUUCAUCUCUCCGCUGAGGAGACAACCACGGACACAGCAUGGACAGGAGAGCCACGAAAAUCCGUAUGGAUCGUCCCGCACUCAUCCCUGCAUCUGAAGCAAGCCGGCCCAGAAGGACGACACCUCCCUCGCGUUGCUCGUCCUUCCGCUGAUGCCGCUAUCGCCAAGCCGGCAGCAUCAAAAGCCAUCACGGGACGGAUGGAAAGAAAGGCGGAUAACUCACACGCAGCUAACACACUGCCCCACUCUAUCCAACUCGACUCGCGGUCGUCGGGAUGCGCUUGUUGUCCCCAGACGAGUUUGUGGCUCACACAGGAAAUGUCAACUGUCUCCGUAUCGGCCCGAAAUCCG